AUGUCUGGCACAUCAGCGGCGGCCGGCGGCGUGGCGGCGCUUACGUGUCGCGCUGCGCCCGACGCCCCGCACGCGCACGCUCCGCCGCCGGCCGCCCCCGCGUUGUUCUACCGCGGCGAGCGCGUGCUCCACGUCGACGCUCCUAACCCAGAUGCACGCUACCUCAUGGCGGGGUCAGCACUGCUCGUGCGCGACGUGUCGCCGGCUGACGCGGGCGCCUACAGCUGUCUCGCGCGCCACUCACUGACGGCGCUCACGAAGCGAUCGCGACCCGCUCAUCUCAAUGUUCUACCCAGCUCGCCAACCUCAGCUCCAAGACUAGUAGCCACGGAGACCGAAGUGAGCGUCCCCGCGGGCACCAGCUUUUGCAUGCCCUGUGUCGCCUCCGAGUACCCGCCGCCGCAGUACACAUGGUAUCGCGAAAAGAAUGGUCGGCUGCAGCCCGUGGAGCCGACAUCCUCUAUUUGGCUCUGGGCGAGCGGAGCGGCGAUGUGCUUCACCAGAGCCUCGCGAGAGGUCAGCGGCGCGUGGCUGUGUAAGGCGUAUAACGUCUUCGGAGACGCGACAGCACAAAUGCGCGUCGACGUGCAGGAAGCGUUUACAGUGACUGUAAACCCUCCCGUAGUCGUUGCGGAGGCGGGUAGCACGGUGCGACUUAACUGCAGUGCGAGCGAUCCUGAGGCGUUACUGCGUUGGGCGCACGACGGCACGGUGCUGGCGGGCGCGGCAGGCGCGGCGCUCGUCCUGCGCGGCCUCACACGCGCGCACGCCGGCCUCUACCAGUGCCUGGCGCGCCGGGGAACGCGCACCGAGCAAGCCGCUGCUGAAAUAAGACUGGGAGACUCGCCGCCGGAACUGCAGUACACAUUCAUUGAACAAGCGCUACGCGCGGGCGGCAGCGUCGCACUGCGAUGCAUUGCGGCCGCCUCGCCCCCCCCUCGGAUCACAUGGCUCCUGGACGGGCAGCCACUCGACCACUACCUUGCACAUCACAGAUAUUCGAUAAGCGAAGAAGCAUCUGUUCAAGGAGAGGUAGUGUCCAUUCUGAACCUGACUUCAGCAACGGCAGCAGACGGUGGUCGCUACACGUGCCACGCAUCGAACCCACUUGGUGCGGUCGAACAUUCUGCGAGACUCAACAUAUACGGCCCACCUUCGAUACGUCCAAUGAGUACGGUCCGGGCGGUCGCCGGUGAGAACCUUACACUGCACUGCCCCUACGCCGGAUAUCCGAUCAGCUCCGUAUCGUGGUGGCGACGUGGCGCAGCGGCAGCGUUGGGAGGAGCUGGGCGCGUCUCGGCUCGCGGCGGCUCUGUUCGUCUCGCACCUGCAUUACCGCACGACGCAGGCCACUACGCGUGCAGCGUCUCCGCGCCCGCGGGCCCAGCCGCUACAAGAGACGUUGAAAUACAAGUUCGAAAUCCACCGAAGAUUUCACCAUUCAUGUUCUCGUCAGAACUUACUGAAGGUAGUUCGGUGCAGGUGCUCUGUGGAGUUUCAUCAGGAGAUAAGCCAGUGUACUUCGCCUGGCUUAAAGAUGGUUCUCCUGUUCCACCAAAUCUCCAGAUAGAGGAGAAGAGCUUAAACGAGUUCUCCCUCCUCAUGUUUCCGGAGCUGUCGGCUCGGCACAGCGGCGCCUACACAUGCCGCGUGUCCAACCACGCCGCUACUGUCAACUAUACUGCAACUCUUAGCGUAAAAGUUGCACCUACAUGGAUUACGGAACCAUUAGACUCUGCUGUUCUUUUAGGAGCUCCAUUACUAUUGGAAUGUAUCGCUAAAGGUUACCCUACACCAGUCGUAACUUGGUACAGAAGAAUAGGUGACGGAAUAAAUGGAAUUGAAAAUUCGGAUCGGUGGGAAGUCGCAGGUUCAGAAUGGGGCCCGGAAGGGGAUCAAUUUAAGCCUACCAGUGGAUUGGCGAAUGUACCCCGAGAAGUGAGCAAUGGACGUGCAGCCAUGGGUAGUAGUGCUAUAGCUGCUAGGUCAGCAGCUCGUUCACAUCAGGGACUGUACCGAUGUACUGCAGACAACGGUGUGGGACCACCUCUAGUCAAACAUGUCAAUGUGACCAUACAUGAACCAGCACACUUUGGUCUUUCGAGCGAAACUGUACGAAACAUGACCAGCGUGCGAGGACGCAGCGUCGUUCUCACUUGCCUGGCUCUUGGGGAUUCUCCGCUUGUAGUACACUGGACUCAUCGAGGCAAUAAGCUUGAUCUUGACUCGUACAGAUGGACAAUAUCAGAAGUACGCACAAGCGAGGGCGUGCGAUCCUCCCUGCAACUGCGCGCGGCGGAGCGUCAUGACGCCGGCGAGUACCGUUGCCAUGCGCGCAACCAAUACGGCCGCAGCGAUCUACUCAUGUUCUUACACGUCGAAGAGCCGCCCGAUGUACCUCGAUCGCUGCAGCUUUGGGGUGCGGGUUCUCGGUGGGUUCGCGUGCGGUGGGCCGCCCACCCCGCCCCGCGCACUCACUUCGCCGCACUCUGCACGCCGCUGCAUGCACUACCCGCGCCCGAGCAUAACACGCACCACUAUAAUCUAACCCUCGAUUCAAUGGAAAAUGAAAGGUUCGACGAAGAAGGAUUUAACUUACUGAGUGCACGACUGGAAGGUCUACGACCCGCGGCCGCCUACUCAUUGAGAAUAGUCGCUACGAACCACGUCGGACAGUCGCCACAUUCUGAUGCCCUGCUCUUUACAACUCUCGAAGAAGCUCCGACAGUCUCACCACAAAAUAUCCGCAUCAGGCCCAUCAACACUGGGGAGUUACACGUGUCGUGGUCGGCUCCAGCGCAAGACGGUUGGAACGGCGAGCUGUUAGGUUAUGCGUUAUCGUGGCGUGAAGUAGGUCGUGUCGAAGAGGAGAGUGAGUACGAGGGAGGACGCGACGACGGCGCCCGCGCCGGCACGGCCGUUGCUCGCGGCUGGAGUAGCGCCGAACUCACUCUGGGCGGUCUGCGACAGUUUGCGCGCUAUGCUGUAUCAGCGCGCGCCUUUAACCGUGCCGGUCCUGGUCCGGCUUCUUCUAUCGCUUACGCCACUACUGCAGAUGGAGUGCCAGAGGAGCCGCCGAGCGCCGUGACAUGCGAGGCGCUGUCAGCAAGGUCGCUGCGAGUUCGCUGGCUGCCGCCGUCGCAGUCACACGCACAAGCAAUACGCGGCUAUGAUCUGCAUUACGCACCGCUGCAUUUCUCACAGACAUGGAGCGGUGCCGUCGGCUCGGAAGCGGCGCGUGCGGCGGCCGUUGGAGAAGCGGUCCUGCAAGGAUUACGCGCUGCCACAAACUACUCGGUGAGCGUGCGCGCGCGCUCAGACCGUGGCGCGGGACCACCCUCGCCGCCCGUACAUUGCCUCACAAGAGAAGAUGUUCCGAGCGCUCCUGAAUUGAUACGAGCGUUGCCCGCCGGGCCGGACGCCGUGCGCGUAUCGUGGAUAGCACCGGCUGAGCGCGGCGGUCAACUCACACACUACACUCUCUACACGAGGGAACUUGGCAAAGUGGGAGGAGAGUGGUCUCAGCGAGUGGAAGCCGUCGACGACAGUGCAGAGGGCGAAAACGAGAUAUGGCACGAACUGCGUGGACUACGUGAACGCGCCGUAUACGAGUUUUGGAUACGCGCCUCUACAGCCGCAGGAGCCGGGCCGCCCAGUCGCGCAGUCAGCGCGGCGCCCACGCAACUCAUGUCAGCGCGGAUCUCAUCACUCGGUCGUCUAGUGACAGCCGCGAUAGGCUCGCGCCUGCGGCUACGUUGCUCUGCGCUGGGCGCCCCUCCGAUAACAAGGCGGUGGGUGCCGCUACCACACGCACAUACUGUUACUGAUACAGGAGACUUAAUUAUCCACAAGGUGGAGCAACUGUCGGCUUUGAACUACUCGUGCUCAGUACGUAACGCGGCCGGCGGAGACACCACGGUGUUCGCACUGCGCGUGAUUCGUCCUCCGGCGGCGCCUGCGCCACGUCUUUCCCGAGCCGAUACACACGCUCUGCACUUAGCAUGGGAUCCACCGCACGACGGUGGCGCUCCUGUUCUCGGAUACACAGUUUGGUGGUGGCGAGGAUGGGAAAGUGGUGAACCUCGAAGUGAAAGUUUAUUGAAUGGGAACAUUGCCGCAAGUGCACGAUGGUGGCGCGUCGGUGGGGAAGCUCGCGGCGCAGCACUUCGCGGCCUCGCGUGUGGGGCUCCUUAUCACGUGGCGAUGCGAGCCCACAAUGCGGUCGGAGCAUCACCACACUCGCGCGCCGUGACAUUGCGCACACGAGGCGACAAGGCGAAGGCACCGGUGGGCAAGGAAUGUAUUUGGUCCAACAGUACCGCUCUGCGAAUCGCUCUCCUCGCGUGGGGCGGUCGGUGUGCUGUGGCGCGUUUCACACUCGCACUGCGACCUGCCAGUGGCGGGGCUUGGUCCGACCUCCCCACUGAUGGAGAAAUCGCAGAGGCAUCGAAUUUGGAACCGGGCACGUGGUAUGAAAUACGUGUCUUGGCACAUUCCCCAGCCGGUGAUACUCCCGCCCUGUACAAAGCGGCGACACACACAAUGAAUGGAGAACGCAUCGGUGAGCCAAUAGAACUACCCCUAGAGGCAAGAAUGAGUGCAGCAGACGGAGCUGACGACGUCACAGUAGCGGGUUCGUGGUGGCAGGGCGGCGCGGGCGCGGCGGCGGCGCUGCUCGGCGUCGCGCUCAGCGCUCUGCUUGCUGCCGCUGCACUGCUCGCCUGCCGUCGCCGCGCCAGUCGAACUCACCACGCGCAUCCACCUCACGAAGGACACCAUCAACCGCUGUACGUGGCACAGCCCACGCACACGAAUGGAAAAACGAUAACCCCACCCGAUGGGGAUCUACACGAGAUUAGCCCAUACGCGACAUUCAGCAUGUCCUCGGGCGCGACGUCGCGCGAGUGCGGCGCGGGCGCGCCGGCGGGCCCCGACGCGGGCGUGCGUUCGUGCGCGCUGCAUCUGCGUUCGUUCACACGCGACCCGCUCGAACUCGCGGCGCCGCCUCCCCGACCGCACUUGCUUGCGCAUCCUAACGACUACGGCAGCGCGCGGGAUAGCGACUCGGAGUCGAGCGGGUCACCGUGCGCGGCUUGCGCGGCCGAGCUCUACCGCCUGCCCGCCGCGAGACUCUCAGAUACGUUGCCCGCGGGAAGUGUGGGCGCGGCGGAAUCGAGCACCGAGGACGGCUCGUACGGCGGCGCGGCGCGGUCGCGCGAGUCGCAGCCGCGGCCGCGCGCGCGGCGACGCGAACACGCGCGCCCUCAUCAGCCCACUGUCAGAUACUUCUCAGCGGCGCCGCAACGUUGAGUCUUCAGCUCGCCGCCGCAGCGCGACGCUCGCGCUGGCCGCGGACUGCGACUACUUGUAUAUAAACUAAACUUGUUUUAUCUGUAUUAAGAGUCCCUAAGUGUUUCCAAUAUGACUGAACCU